AUGCACGACAAAGAGUUUUUCAAGGGCAGAGACAUGCCAGACAUAGACAUCAGCAUCAACUUCGGCCAAAUGACCCUCACAGAGCGUGACUCCAACGCCACCUCAAGUGGGCGUGCAUUUCGGAUCAUUCCUUCCCCCUACAGCGACGACGACGAAUACUGGAAUAAUCACGGUGGCUCAACCACCGAGAACAAUCAAGUCGCAGCCUACAGGAGAAUCACCGAGAACCAUCUCGACUCGGACAUCGUUCAGUGGGCCAGCAACGGUGGUCUGCUACCCGCGCCACCCAUUCAUGACUCCUGGGUCGGGGAAUUCUCCAUUGUACGGGUUCAGCUUUUGAACGAUCGAGUUGGGCUCGAACUCGACCAGCUUCUACUGCACCAUGUUUUCAUACCCAGCCUCAUACGACUGAACGACGGUUCAUGGGAGGUGAUGGUCCGAACCAAGAACAUGGACCAUGUCCACCACCUCAUAAAGAGUGUACACACAAGUUUCAUGAUACAGGAGGAAUACAACCCCAUCGACCCUCUGGCUCGUGAUCUGGAGUUGUUCGGACGGAGCCGCGCAGAAGCGCUCGCGGUAGUCUGGUUCCAGGAGAGAGUCAGUGUAGCGCAGAACAGUCCGCACCAGAUUCCACAAGACUACUAUACGUAUCUGUACAUGGAAAAGCGAGAGGAAAUGUUGCGACGUCUUUCGAUGGGCAGCGUGGUUUAUGUGGCGGCAGAUGGUCGGCGGAUCAUGGCACUCCUUUGA